AUGUUCGACUCGUUGGUUGCUUUGCAACAGGUUCUGUAUCUUCACUGCAUAAAAGUCGGCUUGAAAAAAUCGAGGUGGUUGAGAAGUUUGCGUUUUCUUGCAUUCACAUCACGUAACUCUACUGCAUUUACUAAUCUAGGUCUCAAACCAUCUCACCAAGAUGUUUCUAUAAUGGGAAAUUCUGGAACAUGUUUAACCGAUUACCUGAGCGUCUGUGCUCCUGAGAAAGUUCUUUUAGUCAUAAGCUUUUGUACUGUCCUUUUGGGUUUCGUUCUUAUUGUUUUAGGUGUUUGUAUCACUCAGCUUAGUGAUGGACCGUACGCUCAUUUGUCCAUAUCAUAUUCAGCUGUCCCUAUUGUGUUUGCUGGUUGUGUUACACUAUUAAUAGCCAUUGUUAGGAUCGUUUCUACAAGUAAAAGUUUAAGGGAAAUGAAUUUGACUCCCUUUUCAUCAUUGUUUCUAUUGUCAUGCUCCGUUUUAGAAUUGUAUUUGGUUGUACCGCGACAUUAUUGUGCAUGCACUGUUUCUAAUUUUCAGAUUUGUGUUAUAAUCAACCCAAUAGUGAUAACUUGGUUGAAUAAAUUUACCCUAUUCUAUCUUGGAAGAUUUAAUGGGAAGGGUUUGCAUGAGUUUCCGCUUCCAUCUCACCUUCGAACUAAGAUUUAA